AUGACGCACGCUCUGGAUCCCAUCAGCUCCAACAGCACAGAAGACUGGAACACCACUUUCUUCAACUCUUCCAGGGACCUCCAGCACCCCCCAUACCCAUAUUACCAACAGAACAUCACCUACGUGGACCUCUACCUCCACAAGCCCUCGGUAGUGGUAGUCUUCAUUGUGUCUUACCUGCUAAUUUUCCUGGUGUGCAUGGUGGGGAAUGGUGUUGUGUGUUUCAUUGUGUUGCGGAGCAAGAACAUGAGGACGGUCACCAACCUCUUUAUACUCAACCUGGCCAUCAGUGACCUACUGGUGGGCAUCUUCUGCAUGCCAACUACCCUGGUGGACAACAUCAUAACAGGCUGGCCUUUUGGGAGGUUAGUGUGUAAACUGAGUGGGAUGAUUCAAGGCAUAUCAGUGUCAGCUUCAGUCUUUACUCUGGUGGCCAUAGCUGUGGAUAGGUUCCGCUGCAUCGUAUACCCCUUCAAGCAGAAGCUGACAAUCUCCACCUCCACACUGAUCAUCAUCAUCAUCUGGGUGCUGGCUAUCUCCAUAAUGUGUCCCUCAGGGGUCAUGCUCCAGGUGACCAAGGAGCAGCGUGUCCUUAUCCUACUGGGGGACGGCUACAACAACACCCGCCCCUUCUACUGGUGCCGUGAGAACUGGCCCAAUCAAGAGAUGAGGAAGAUCUACACCACCGUCCUAUUCGCUAACAUCUAUCUAGCCCCAUUAUCACUCAUUGUCAUCAUGUACGCCCGCAUCGGAUUCACCCUCUUUAAGACGGCCAUACCCUCCUCCGGCGGGUGCAGUGGGAGUGGCAGCAGCGGUGGGACGAAACCCAGCCUGGACAACCACCGUCAGUCGAAGAAGAAGAAGAGGGUGAUCAAGAUGCUGUUGGUAGUGGCGCUUCUCUUCAUCCUGUCAUGGCUCCCGCUGUGGACGCUGAUGAUGCUAAGCGACUACGCCAGCCUGACGGCAAGCCAGCACCGCAUCAUCAACAUCUACGUGUACCCGCUGGCCCACUGGCUGGCCUUCUUCAACUCCUCCGUCAACCCCAUCAUCUACGGCUUCUUCAAUGAGAACUUCCGACGGGGGUUCCAGGCCGCAUUUAAAUUCCAGCUGUGCUCCGCAGUCAUGGAGCGCCAGAAGACCUACUCGCAUCGUAUCCAAGGCAACGCAGUGUUACCAGCGAACCUGCACCUGCCCACCGGGGCUGGCUCAGGGGGGUCGGAAUUGGCUUUGGUGAACAGGAAGGGGCUGGGUCGGGAGGAAGUUGUCGGGCGGACAUCCGGCGGGCGAUCGUCAGAGAGCGACGUGAAGGAGCAGGAUCUGAUCAUGGAGGAUCUGGAGAAGGUUAUAUAUGACCUAUGA